UAUAAUUGGAUUUGAUAAUCUGGUACAGCCGUCUCGAAAAUUUAUUAGGCAUGGUUGUCUCCUAAAACAUUCCAGAAAGGGGUACCAGCAGAGAAUGUUUUUCUUGUUUUCAGAUAUUCUUCUUUAUACAUCAAGAUCCCAAGCAACUCUACAAUUCAAAGUUCAUGGUCACUUACCUCUUCGCGGUGUUCUGUUACAAGAACCCGAGGGUGAACUGGCCAAUUAUGGCUUUAUAAUUUAUGGUGGUAAUCGUGCCUUAACAGUGGCUGCCAAUUGUCAGGAAGAAAAGGAUAGAUGGAAGGAAGAUCUCCAGAGUGCCGUGCAACAAGCGCGGGACAAGCCGGAUGCCAAAGUUACUUACUUGAGUUUGAAAAGUAGUAGCUCAUCUGACGAAAUAAUGGAUCAAUGUGGAACAGAUGUUGGUACGCAAACUAAGCCUGCCUUGCAAAGGAACAAUAAUACUAUACAUGUUUGUUGGCACAGGAAUACCAGUAUUAGUAUGAAAGACCAGCUAAUAGCUGUUGAGGUAGUUAUUAACAUUAAUUUUAAAAUUUUUAGUUAGUUUCUCACUUGUCUAAUAAUUACUUCAUCAAAUCUUAUGAUCGUUUUAUUGGUCCACAUUCCAUUUUACUUAAUCGACCUCAAAUGAACUGUGCGUGAAUGGUUCGAAUGACAUUAAAAAUCAAUGAAAAUGAGGUGCGGAUUAUUAUUGUUAAACCCAGGUCGGAACCUGUAGUAAAUGAAAAGAGGCUAUCGGUGUUAACGUUUAAGAUUUAAAACAGCUCAUUUACAAAAAACCCUUUUUCUGAUUUAGUGUGGGCAAAUUUAUAAAUAGCACUAGUCAAGUCAAUAUUUCUAUGUUAAGCAUUUUUUUUAUCAUUAAAGUCAAGUCAUUCAAACGUUCUUCGGCCAUUUUGCUACUUAACUCAUUUCUUUACCUUUUAACUUCUUCGAUAAGUUUAAAGACUGAGAUACAGGGAGUGUCUCAAAGGUGAUAUUUUUCAAAUUCCACCCUAUAUCUUAAUUCUGCUGGCGCCGUCUGAUUUCCCAAAAAAGUACCACAUUGUCGUGAAAACCAUGUGUUUUUAAUAAUAAGGGAGAUACCCCGCUUAAGUGCCGAAAAUGAGAUACCCUGUACCGAUCAAAAAUUCAAA